AUGGAGUAGUAGAUCAAUUUCAUUGAAGUUGUUGAGACUUACAAUAAUGAUACUGUAAUUGUAAGGUUCUUGAACAAUGAGCAAGAGGUUUUGCCUUAUAUGGAGUUCUAAUUGAGUAAUGAUAAUUCUGAACAAUAUUCGAGGGCCCUUUAUGAUCAUCUACAUAAUCGCGGUCCAAAAGAAUAUUGCUUCUUAUACAUGGUAAGCCAUUGAAUGUCUAUUAAAAUAUAUUAGGAUGAACCUUUAAGUCGCAUCUAGGAUUAAAGAUUCAAUUUAAUCAGUUCGUUGAGUUCCAAUGUUAUCCUUAAAUUAUUAAAUUUAAGUUAUAUACCCAUAAUAAGAACCAAUAUUUCCUAGUACUAAUGUGGCGUAGUAGAAAUUUAUUACUCAACUUAGUCUAUUCAAGAAGGAAGUCAUUCAGUUAUUUAAAGGUUGAAUCUCUAAUGGCAGGAAUAAUGCAAAAAGAAAUCUAUGAUAACUAAAGAAUUAAUUUCCAUCAUAAAUGAAUUCAAGUCCCUUUAUCGUAUUUAAAUACUCUUGAGGUCCACUUUAAAAUAAUUAAAGAGGGAAACCUAUUAAGAAUACGACAUUCUUUAUUUACCUACAGAUGAGUUAAUACACUUAAAAUCUAACCAAGAAAUAUCAAUUACGACGUGCUUUCCAUAUUUAGAAUAAUUGAAUAAUAGUAAUUAGGUUAAAUGA